AUGAGGAUCCUGUGGCUAAGUUUGUGCCUCUGCAGCGGGAGCCUACUCUUGGUCGUGGGCCAACUGGGGUGGCAGCACCAUCCUGCAGCCAAGCAGAGUGCAGACGAGGAUAUCGGCGCUAUAUUGCAUAUACUCAAUGAACUUGUGGGUCGUUAUGGCGUUUGCAACUUUAUUACUUUCACGGGGCGCAUGGAUCUGAGGCCCUCGUUGCAGCAGCGUUUGAUGGAGAAGUUUCACACUCCGCUGUACGCUGUGGGAUCGAACUUGGGACCCCUCAACCGUCACUAUCUGAAGGCAAAUAAUAUGGUCAUCACUUUCUUCACCGGCCUGGACGAUCCGACGCUCUCUGCCGUCAGUGACACGCCGCUGAGUGAGACUGCUUCCACUUUUCUCUUUCUGCAUCGACCAGCCACGGAUGAGGAGGAGUUGAAGAACCUCAACCCCGCGGAGAUGAGAAUAUUCUUUACCUGGUGCCUGAACCGGCAUUUUGUCGUUUGCAUUCUGGUCUUCAGGCGUGAGAAGACGUACGAGGCAUGGGCAUACUAUUACAUCGCGAAUGUCUUGAACAUCCAGAAGCUGACCGAUCACAUCGGCACUUUCCAGAAUGUUCUCAGGCAGAAGAAUUACAGGUUACUGGUGCAGGUCAUCAACGAUCUGCCAAAUGUGUUUUGGUACAAUUCAACGGGAAACAUCAGAAUGGGUGGCAUCAUUGGUAUUAUGAUGCAGGAGUUUAUGCUCUACAUGAAUGCCACAAUGGACAUCCUGCCCAUGGAGGGGCGGCAGACCUCUGAUUACAUAAUGGCAAAGAACUCUGGCGGUCGUAUUGUGGAUGUGGCAGCCAAUCUGGUGGACGAUUCCAGCCUUUCGGAGACGUGUCCAGUGUUGACCGACUCGAGGAUUUGUCUGUUGGUGCCGCAUCGAGUGCCAGCGCUGUGGUCUAGCUACGUUUUUUAUAUUUUCGGUACAAGCCUUAAUAUUUCCUUCUUCGUGUUUAUCCUGUUCUACACUGCCAUCAAGUACCUGGCCAAUGACCGGCGCUCGCUGACGGGAGCACUUUUGAGCGCCCUGCGGCUAGCAUUGGGCAUUCCCAUGCCUAACAGGGAGUUUCUUCGGCUACGUUUGCCGGAGAAAUUCAUUGAAGUGUUUUCAUUCCUCGGCACGGCCAUGUAUAUCAGUGUUACUGGCAGCUUAUUGGCCUCAAGACUCACCUCUGGUGCAUUUAAGCCAGCCGUCACGAAUCUGGCCACCUUGCAAGCCAGCGACCUCCUCAUUAUGACCGAUGAUCCCACCGUGCCGCUGCUCUUCCAGCAGAAUCAUUUGCCACGCAGUCUGGCCGAUCGUCUGCAGCUCGUGGACUCGAAGACAAAAUUCCAGCACUUUAUGCAUUUGAACUACAGCUAUGCCUACGUGGUGAAUACACCCAACUGGCGUACCAUGAGCCUCUACCAGCAGCACCUCAAAGUGCCCAAGUUCCGCCUGAUCGGAGAUGAGCUUUGCACCGCAGCGCGACUCCUGCGUCUGCCCAUCUCCACGGAGUCGCCGCUGAGGUUCUUCUUUAGUAACUUUUACAAUCGGAUCUUUGAGUCGGGCCUGCUGUUAAAAUGGCACCAAAUGGGCUUUGACCACUUUCGCGCCUUCGUGGACUUCAAGCAGCUGCCACUGGACACGAAUAACUAUCAGCCAUUGCCGCUGUCAUUUUUCACGCCUUGCGCUUGGAUCUAUGUGGUCGGAGUGCUACUGAGCAUCUUAUCGCUGAUCAUUGAGCGUCUAGUCCGGGCCACUUAG